GUCCGCCAUAUUGUCUGCUGAAGCUGCCGCCGAAGCUGCCGCCGCCAAGUAGGAGCGAGCGGGGCCGCGAUGGAGACCAUGGCGAGCCCAGGGAAAGACAAUUAUCGAAUGAAGAGCUAUAAGAACAAUGCCCUAAACCCUGAAGAAAUGAGGCGAAGAAGAGAGGAAGAGGGCAUUCAGCUCCGGAAGCAGAAACGGGAACAACAACUUUUUAAACGGAGAAAUGUGGAGUUGAUUAAUGAAGAAGCCGCCAUGUUUGAUAGUCUCCUUAUGGACUCCUAUGUGAGCUCUACCACUGGGGAGAGCGUGAUCACAAGAGAGAUGGUGGAGAUGCUCUUUUCUGAUGAUUCUGACCUGCAGUUAGCAACCACACAGAAAUUCCGGAAACUGCUCUCCAAAGAGCCUAGUCCUCCAAUAGAUGAAGUUAUUAACACUCCGGGAGUGGUGGAUCGGUUUGUGGAAUUUCUGAAGAGGAAUGAGAAUUGUACAUUACAGUUUGAAGCUGCCUGGGCUCUAACGAACAUUGCCUCUGGAACCUCUCAGCAGACCAAAAUUGUCAUUGAAGCAGGGGCUGUCCCCAUUUUUAUAGAGCUGCUUAACUCGGACUUUGAGGAUGUACAAGAACAGGCAGUCUGGGCACUGGGAAAUAUAGCUGGAGACAGCUCCGUUUGCCGAGAUUAUGUCUUGAACUGUUCCAUCCUUAAUCCUUUGUUAACACUCCUUACCAAGUCCACACGGCUGACAAUGACACGGAAUGCAGUCUGGGCCCUGUCAAACCUCUGCCGAGGGAAAAACCCACCCCCAGAGUUUGCAAAGGUCUCCCCUUGUUUGCCUGUGCUGUCUCGCCUACUCUUCAGCAGCGACUCGGACUUGCUGGCAGAUGCUUGCUGGGCCCUUUCUUAUCUGUCUGAUGGCCCCAACGAGAAGAUCCAGGCAGUCAUAGACUCUGGAGUCUGCCGGAGAUUGGUAGAGCUUCUAAUGCACAAUGAUAACAAAGUGGCUUCUCCUGCCCUGAGAGCUGUGGGUAACAUCGUCACCGGGGAUGACAUCCAGACGCAGGUCAUUCUUAACUGUUCUGCCCUCCCUUGCCUCCUCCACUUACUGAGCAGCUCUAAAGAGUCAAUCCGAAAGGAAGCUUGCUGGACCAUUUCAAAUAUCACUGCUGGCAACAGGGCUCAGAUACAGGCUGUCAUAGAUGCAAAUAUCUUCCCUGUGUUGAUCGAAAUCCUUCAGAAAGCAGAGUUCCGUACAAGGAAAGAGGCAGCCUGGGCCAUCACCAAUGCCACAUCAGGAGGAACCCCUGAGCAAAUCAGGUACCUGGUCUCACUGGGCUGCAUCAAACCCCUGUGCGACUUGCUGACUGUGAUGGAUUCAAAGAUUGUGCAAGUGGCCCUCAAUGGCCUGGAGAACAUCCUUCGGCUUGGAGAGCAAGAGGGCAAGCGCAGUGGCUCAGGGGUCAAUCCCUACUGUGGCCUCAUUGAGGAAGCCUAUGGCUUGGAUAAAAUUGAAUUUCUCCAGAGCCACGAGAACCAGGAGAUCUACCAGAAGGCCUUCGACCUCAUUGAGCACUACUUUGGCGUAGAAGAUGAUGACAGCAGCCUGGCUCCCCAGGUGGAUGAAACGCAACAGCAGUUCAUCUUCCAACAGCCUGAGGCCCCCAUGGAGGGCUUCCAGCUAUAAUGUCUGCCUCCGGGGAGGGGAGGGGAUGGGAAGCACCACCAACCAGCGGAAAAGCAGCCCUCUGGUGGGCGGGAUACCAGCCCCCCAUCGUCAGCCACCACACACCUCUGCUGCCCUGGAAACUGUGCUCUUGCCCUGCUCCGCCCCCUUCCCUGGAGGGAGCACCCUCUGGACAGACAGAACCAUCUGAGGCUCACAUUUGGGUUUUGUGACGAGAAGGGGACGUGUUGGGUUUUUCUUCCUUACACUAUAUUUUGGCUGCACAUAAUGUCUUUAACCCAGGAGCCCAAGGGUAGACAAAGGAGGACUGAGGUAAUCAAUUUUGCACCUUUUUUAUUUUAUUUUUUUUCUUUAGUGGUGACUUCCUUCCUUUUAUCUUCCUUCAUCCUUCCCAGUCCUCUGCCGUGAUCUGUGUAACUCUUAUCUUGGGUACUUGAGCAGAUGGAAUAUUCCAGAGAUGGGGAGGGGGGUGGGAGGGGAGGGGAGAAAUCCAAAACAAAGUGUUCUUGCUCUGACAGAAUAUUAAUCUUGUAUGCUUGGAUUGAGUUAUUUAAUUUUUUCUUUUGCACAUUUUUCUUGUAUUAAGAUUGCUCUUUCCAAGAGCCAUGAGUUCCUGGUUUUAGGAAUCCCAGCUGCCAGCAUUGUCUGGAUCUAGAGGCUAAGGGGGAGGUCACCAUGAGACAAAGACCCCUCCCUCUCUCUGACCUCUUGCCCAGACCUCUUUAGUUUGGGAGCUCCCCUUCACUCUCCCUGGGCAUGUACACCAGUGGGAGUGAGGGGGGAGGAGCACAGGCCUUCAGACGGGGCUUCCCAUGUGUCGCUACUGAUCCCGUGUGUCCUACCCACCUUCCAAUGGUGCAACCCAACUUCAUUUGUUUACUUGAAAAUUCCCCUCAGAGUUGCAUUGAACCUCUGAGGUAGCUGUAUUUUCUCCUAAGCACGCGACAGGGGGCUGUGGUCCUUCCUUUCUCCUGAGGAGAAAGUUCUUGCUCUGGUGACCCAUCUAAGUUGCAGAGGAGGUUGGAGUGAGAGUGUCAUGUGUUGGGAUAGCCACAGAUCCCUGCCUUUGGCCUUUCUUCUUCUUCUUCUUCCUCUUCCAUAGUUGGAUCAUGUAUAUUUUACUUCCAAAGGAGAGAAUGUCAGAAAGUUCUGUAUUUUUUUAUAUUCUAUAUAUUAGGUAGAUCAAUCUUAAUUGGUCUCAAGAGGAAGAACUGUCUCUGUAAUUUCUGAGUAGGAUACUGUGAGGAAGACCAAAAAGAGAUGUAGAAGCUUCUUCGCUCAGGAAGCCUGACCUUGGUCCUUUUCCUCUGUGCUUGGGUUCUGGGUCACCACCUGGGGCCAGCCCUUAGCUCUGGAACCUUUGUAGCCAGUAAUCCUGGUCUGAUUGUCCCAGUACCUGAAGGGAGCAAAGGACGGCCCCAGGGCCUGAUGAAGUCUACCACUGAGUCCUUGCUGCUGAGCAUCCUGAUUGCAUCAGGGAAUCCAGAAAGCAGUCUGCCUCCUCAGAUUCUGUCUCAGAGGACCCUUGUCCGCGUAAGUUUCACAGAUGGCUGCUCCUCCUGUUACCACAGAAAUUCAGCAGCCUCAGGACUUCUGUGAGAGGGAUUGAUAUCUUCCCUGAUUGGGAUCCUUGCACAUGAUUUGGGUUUUGCUCUUCCUGUGACAAUUGUAAUCCUGAUGCCUUUUCUUUUCCCUUUGAGUAGAGCUACUGCAGUGCCUCGGUGGCUUGCCUGUAUGCAUCAGUGGAUCACACAUGAUAGUAAAGCCCAGUUGUUGGGGGUGGGGUGGAAGAAGUUGUUGGCCAAGUGUGGAGCUAGUGGUGGAGCUGAAGGCAUAAUCUGCCCUGCCCCUGCUUCCCCACAGAGGUCAGUCAGAGAUGCCCUGUUCCAAGCUAUAUUUCCCUUCCCCAGAAGCAAUGCCAUUCUUUCUCCCGUUCCUACACAUCCCCCCUCUGGCUCAGGUGAAAUUCAUGCCACUCUGCUUACAGAUAAAAAGUUCAAGUGCUUUUGGCCAUUGAUCCUGAAUUUGCCCCAAGUGUUGAGAUCCAACUCCAGAGCCAUUUUCUGAGAAAGGUGGUUGGAACUAGUGGUUACAACUGAAAAGUCUCACCACUGCUGUACCACCUGAGUCAAAUGUUACUUUUUGGCUUCGGCAUGAUGACUACCAACCCCCAGUCUCCCAGGUAGGCAAGGGGCAGGACCCUUUUCACUUGGCCUGCUGACUCCAUUACAAAGUUAUUUUCUUACAGUUAAAAGGAAAUCCACCCACCCCACCCCUUGUCCUUGUCCAAAGAGCAGAACAUUUAGUAAGAUCUAUUUUGUACAUCUCAAGCAAUAGUUAAGUCCCUGCCUUCCCCAACUGUUCCUCCAAAAUUUACUUUCACUUCAGAUCUGGGCCGGGUACCAGAUGGGAGACUUUUUUGACCACCUGGCUACUGCGUAAAGCCUGUUAUCUACAAGGAUUCCAAAGGCUGAAGUCUCCCAAGGUGCAACGUGAGGACAAAUUUCUCAUCAAAUAAACGUGAUCUCUAGGAGCUUUACUUUGUUAGUGUCCUCCUCAGAUCAUGUUUUCUCAUCUUCCCCUGACCCCCUUUCAGUCAACAGAUGAAGUUCUUCCAGCCCAUAGAGGCAAUAACAUCAUCUUUUGUCUCCUCUCCUUUGGCCAUCUUAGGAAGCAAAAAUAUUAUUUCUUUUUUUAGCCCAGGCAUGAGAGCCAUUCUUCAUGGGCAGCCCCCAUCUGGACUCCAGACCCUGGCCGAGGUGAGGUCAGAGGCGUUCUGGCAGAUUUCUGAAUGGAUGUUAGAGGGAUGGAGGGGCUCUCCAGCCUGCUGUAGGGAAUAGCCUGGUAAGACAUGUUUUGGGAAUCUUAAUAUUUUGAUGCAUGGCUAUUACGUCCGUUUUAAGAUCUCUGGUAUGUUGGAGAUAUUUAGGUGUGGAUUAAGGGGUCAAGGAGUCUUUUUUUCAGCUAAAAUUUUCAAGUAGUGUUUUGAACAGUGCCAGCUACUCUUUAUUGCCAGUCCCUCAGGGCAUCCCACCCUAAACCAUCUUCUCUAGUACUAACUGUAUCUCUGAUCUUAGGAGCCUGCCUUCAGUUCUGAGCUAUUGCCAGUGACUGACUGGCCUUGGUGUUGGCUGCAACCUUCUGGUAGAGAAUCAAAUGGGUUCCACUCUCAGCUGGCCGGCCAGGUUACUUGGGACAGUGGGUACAAAUGACCCUUCGAAGAAACAGGUGUUGAUGGCUUCAGCUUUCAGGGAUCCUUUGUGUUCCCACUUACCUAGAACCCUUAGAUCUACUUCUGUUCUCUUUUCCUUGGAAGCCUUUUCCAGGAGCCCUAUUUUUUGGAGCUAAAUUGCACAGAUUAUAGCUGCUACCAUACUUAGUCAAGGAAGAGUGAAAGAAGGCUUCCAGGCAAACUUUCAGUUUCCCUCAAGCCAAACCAGUUUAAAUUGAAAACUAGCAGAAUGGACUGGAUUUCCAUUUUCUCACUGUCUACCUACCUUCCCACUACACUCUAUAGAGUUACUCCUGUUUCUAGCAAACUAGAGGGGAAGAAGAUGAAUACCUAGCAAUACUUCCCUCCUCUUUCCACAUCUCUUCUCCCCAAGACUUAUUCAGCCUGGUAUCCAACAUCUGUGAUACUCCUCAGUAGAUUUAUCUUGUGGGCUCGGGUUCUGAAUUCUUAGUUGAAGGCGAGGAGCCAGAUUCACCAGGUACUUGCAGGCACUACAGCGACCCAUUGGGAGAACAGGCUGGCUGGGGUCCUCAGGAAUGUGCGCCUGUCUGCCUCCCUGGCAGGCCAGGGAAGGGUACCAGGCUCAGUGCAGUGAACCAUAGGCAAUGCUCACAACCAGGAGCAACAUCUAGGUAAGACUAGCCUGGAAAUAAGUGCAUGUGAGACUGAGAAAUAGCUCAGAGUAGGUUUCUUCCACAGCCGUUUCAGGAUUGUAUAUUCUAGACCAGUCUUGUCCAAUAUUUUUUUUCUGUCUUUUGUAUUUUUUGUUAAGCCAAUAAGCUGAGAAUUUGGCCCUGUGGGGAUCCAUAUGGUAGGCAAUAGCUGCUCUCUGGCCAAGGCCUUCAUAAAUGAUGCAGUCAUCCUAUUGUCUGUUCCCUAGCCCCAUGCCCAGAUUAGGACCAUGGUAAGGGAAGAAUCUGAGGUCAGUACCAACUCAGUCUGUGAAUUAAAGCUGUUAGUUUUCCUCUGAGAGGGCAUUCUCCAUCAGGCCUGGGCUAUGUGCAGAAUCAAAACUGGGUGUGAAUGAGAAGAAGAACCAUUAAAUUUGGGGCCCAGAACACUCCAGGAGAAAGGUUUGAGUAGUGCGUCAUGAAGGUCUUCAAUGGGUCUGGGCCCACCUCACUGCUUCUGGGCCAGCCUGACUGCUGAUGUCCACAUCAGCACAUACCUGAACCCCUCUGCUAAACCUAGUCCUGCUCCCCUACGUAGGUCAUAUGUCCAGCCCCUGGGUUUGGGAAGAGACAACUCUGCCAUGACGAGAACCCUCAGGCCUUGGAGCUGGGUAUUGGCUCUUCUAGCUAGCUUUUGUGGGAAUUGCCUUUGAGCCUCUAAAGAAGCAAAGCAGAGCCACCCAAGACAGAAGAGAUGUCCCUCAAAAACAGCUUGGGUUCCCAGCUACAGACCCUAGGAAGGUGAAACAAACCUUUUUCCUCACUGGUUUUUCUUUCCAAAUUUAUUUGCUUUUAAGAACUAUAAACUCUGGCUAUUGUUUUCCAUGUUCUCAGGGCCCCUGGGUAGACAGACAAAGUUUGAUGAUUUCAGAGCAGAUAUAGGCCAAGAAACCAUGGCAUUGAGUGUGCUGAGUCCAGACAAACGAUAUUUAUAUACACAUCCAAAUUUGAAGAGACGAUGUAUUUCUUUAGGUUUCAAACACUGUAAUAGAUACAAAGCAAAAAUAAAAACCUGUUGCAAAGUUCUAAA